CAUACACACAGCCAGACUGUGAGAAUCCACCGUGCAGGUCACUUCCUUCUACCCAGACUCACAGCUAUUCUGCUUAUUGAACAGCUUCAAUGGCAGAUUAUAACACCACAACUUCAAUGGCAGAUAAUAGCACUACAGCUUCAACGGCAAUGGCAGAUUAUAACACCACAGACACUUCACCAAACGCUACUGCCAUAUUAACAACCAGUUCACCAACCACUAAUGAAACAUUUACAGACACUUCACCAAACACUACUUCCAUAUUAACAACCAAUUCACCAACCACUAAUGGCACAUUUAAAGACACUUCACCAACCACUACUGCCCUUUUAACAGCCACCAUAGAGAGCACAAAUAAUACAACAAAUAUUACUACAGGAGGGUACCCUGAAAGUAGUAUGAUUACUACAGGAGGGUACCCUGAAAGUAGUAUGAUUACUACAGGAGGGUACCUUGAAACAAACACGACAACAAGCAACUCAACCACAAAUCUAAUCACUACAACACCACAUAACGCAAAUAAUAUCACUACAACACCACAUAACGCAAAUAAUAAUGCAUUAGCAAUUGGUCUUGGUGUUGGAAUACCUUGUGGAGUGCUGCUCCUUGUUGGAAUUGCUGUUUUAAUCUACUUUCUUAUUAAGCGCAGAAACAAUCAGGGCCUAUGCAACACCAAGAAGGAAGAGAAAGAACCUUCAGAAAAUGAGUAUGAAACCACCAUGCCGAUUCCACGGGUUAAACCAACGAACAAUACUUAUUAUAACAUUUCUUUAAACCACUAUGAAAGUGCACCAGAUGAUCCUAUAUAUGAAAGAACAUUAAAUUUGAAGUAACAAAAGCCA